AUGGAUGAAUCUGAUGACGUUGAACAGUCCGAGCUCAAUGAUAAGGAGAAAUUUGUUCGCGGAAGGGAAUCGAAAUUGCGGGCUGGAUCAUUGCGGAGGAGGACUAGAUCUAUGUCCCCUUUGAGAACGACGUCGUUGUUAGAUCAUGAAAAUGACAAUACACAGGAUGGCGAUGAGAUAGCGAGGGAAAAUGAAGAGUGUAAGAACAUAGAAGAGGCAGCGGGUUCGAAAGAUGCGACGCCGUGUGGAUCUGGAUCUUCCUCGAGGUCUUCUUCAAUUGGGAGGAGCUCAAGGAGAUGGGUUUUCUUGAAGGAGUUCUUAUACAGGAGCAAAAGUGAAGGUAGAAACAAUGGGCAUAAAUUUUGGGGCUCCUUAUCAUUUUCACCUGUCAAAGAUAAGAAAUUUGAGAAGCCCAAUUCCAAUCCUAAAAUCUCAUCAACUGAUAAAGCAAAUUCAGCACCAGAAGUAGUAAAUUCCAACACCGGAGCCACAAAAAAAGCGACAAAAGUGGUGAAAAAUAGGGCAGUAAAUGGGAUUGGUAAAAGAAGGGUGCCACCAUCACCUCAUGAAUUGCAUUACACUGCAAAUAGGGCACAAGCAGAGGAGAUGAGGAAGAAGACAUUUCUUCCAUAUAGACAAGGUUUGUUGGGCUGUUUGGGAUUCAGUUCAAAGGGCUAUGGAGCCAUGAGUGGUUUUGCUAGAGCUUUGAACUCAGUGUCAUCAAGGUAA